GCCCGGGGAUUCGCCCUUCUUUCCUUUCCCUUCCCCUCCACUACUCACUAGAAACACAAAGUCUGGUCUGGUAUUUAUCACCAUCUUCUUCUUUUUUUAUUUUUUUUAAUUGAACUCCAAAAAUAAAUUAAAGUAGGUAGCUACUAUUUCCGGGUGUCUGCCUUUAUCUCUUCCUGGGUUAAAAGAAACGUACUCCAUAUAUAUACCGGCUAGCUGAUAUAUAGGUAGAGAUUUUUUAUUACAAGUUGUUGUUUAGAUACUGUUUGAUGAUGGAUGAAUUGAGCAAACUUCAUUCUGCUAUUGCAUGUUCGCGCACUAGACAACAUCAAGAGGCCGGGCUGACAAUGGUUAAUAACACUUGUCAUGAUACUAAUAAUCUUGCUGUUCAUCAUCAUCCUCAUCAAUUAGAAGCUGUUGAUGUUGAUCAUCAUAAUCAUAAUAUUAAUAUAUCAAGCAGCAAUAUGUCAGAUCUUGUUAAAGUUCAGAUUGCAAAUCAUCCUCUUUAUCCUAACUUACUUUCUGCUUAUCUUCAAUGCCGUAAGGUUGGAGCACCGCAAGAAAUGACAUCAAUUCUCGAAGAAAUCAGCAAAGAGAACAACUUAAUAUCCAGCUGUCACAGUAGUGAAAUUGGAACUGAUCCAGAACUUGAUGAGUUUAUGGAAUCAUAUUGUGCGGUAUUAGUUAAAUACAAGAAGGAGCUUUCAAAGCCGUUUGAUGAAGCUACAAGUUUCUUGAAUAACAUAGAGUCACAGCUCAGUUCCCUAUGCAAAGAUAGUUUAAUCACUUCAACAAGUUUCAACUCCAACAACAAUUAUCUAUCUGAUGAAGCAGGUGGUACGUCAGAUGAGGAUCUAGGCUGUGAGGAGAUGGAAGCAGUGGAUGGUCAAGAAUCUCCUGCUAACCGUGAGGGUGAUAAUGAGCUAAAAGAAAUGCUGAUGCGCAAAUAUAGUGGCUAUCUUAGCAGUUUGAGAAAGGAAUUCCUGAAGAAAAGGAAGAAAGGCAAGUUGCCUGAGGAUGCAAGACUUACAUUGCUGGACUGGUGGAAGACCCACUAUCGAUGGCCUUAUCCCACGGAAGAGGAAAAAAAUAGGCUAUCGGAAAUGACGGGGCUAGACCAGAAGCAGAUAAACAACUGGUUCAUAAACCAAAGGAAGCGACACUGGCGUCCAUCGGAAGACAUGAAAUUUGCUCUAAUGGAAGGUGUCAGUGCUGGAUCCAUGUAUUUUGAUGGAUCUGGAGGCACUGGAAGCGUUGGCACUUGAAAAUGACAGGGAAAAAAAAGAAAGAAAGAAAAGAACCUCCUGCUAGAUAGGUAACACAUAGUGCAUAGUAUGACAGAAACGUAUGUAUUUUGAAAGUUUGUUUAUAUAUCGACGACAUACAUUCAGAACAUUUGUUAAUCGUAUAUUAUCUUUCCAUUA